AAACAGUUCAUCAUAUUCAUCUCUAUAGUUUUCUUCCUACACCUUGAAAAGAUAUUACUUUCCAUCACUACCAAGAUCCUUUCCUUGAACCUCCAUAAAUCAUUAUCAAAAUAUACAGUGAAAAAAGAAAACAAGCAGCAAGCACUAGCCUAAAAAUAACUGUAAGUUCUUUUUUCAAAAAAUAAUUGGAAGAAAGGAGCAGUUGGAACAAAAUUACCAAGCAAUGAAACAAGAAGGAGAGAUGCUGGUUGUUGCCUGUAGACCAAUGGCUGGUGUAUCCCCUGUAUCAAUAUCAGCCAAUUCUCUAGCGCAAAGACCAUUUCCAACGCCUUCACCGUUCUCUAUCUCCGUUGUCUCUUCGAGAUGGAGCUCUAGACCUUCCGUUCAUAGAACCAGUCUGGUUCUUCGGUUCUUGGCACUCCUAUUCUCCUUUGUCUCUGCAGUGUCAUUGGCUGCUCCAUCACCAAAGAAAAAUGGUCAACCGCCUUCUAGCUUCACCAAAUACUCAGAAUUAAUGUACUCCUUCGUUGUGUACGUUUUAGUUUUCGUUUAUUCUGCUUUCCAACUCUUCAAAGGUGUCUGUGACAUUGCGCACAGAGGUAUUCUCAUCUCAGACAUGGUCUCUGAUUAUCUGAGCUUUAUACUUGAUCAGCUGGUAGGUUAUCUUCUCAUCUCUUGCUGUUCCGUAGCAAUUCUGGCCAUUCAGCAGAUUAGCAGAAGUGCAUCGCUCUGGAAGGCGACCAUCGUUUCCAUUAUCAUGUCAUUUGCAACUUUCUUGGUUAUUGUAACUUGCACUCUUUUGUCAGGCUACAAGCUUUGCAAGAGAAUCAUCUGGUGAUGCAACAUGUUCUUGGUUCUUAUGCUUAAGCCCCAAACAGUUAGUAUGCUUUAUAAGCAAGAGGAAGAUUUUCCCUUUUAAAUGGCCAAGGAUCAUGUAAUAUCAUGUUAUGCCGCUUCUUGACUUCUGAUAUAACCAACAGAUUGGUCU